GUAACUCUGACUCCGGCUAGAUUUUCUGGCUAAGGUUACAGAAAAGGGGGGGUCAUAAUUCUCGGUUUCUACAAGAACCCUGAAAGAGAGGAACUGUCUUCAUUUCAGCUGAGACAACUAGCCGAUCUACGAUUCAAUCCACACGAAGGGCUAUAGAGCCGCUGCCCUUUCCAUCUGUCACUCGGAAUUCUAACUUUCCCUUCUGUGACGCAGAGACUGCGGUCUGGGUAAAAGCCCCCGCGACCCGCCCAGCCGGCAGAAAAAAGGGCGCACGGCUGACCCGAACCCCGGCAUUUGAGCGAAGGAGCCCCGCCUUUCCGGGCGGGACCCGAAGGGCGGAGCCUGCGGCCGCGGGAAUCCCAAGCCCGCCCUCUUCCCCACCCCUCCGUGUGUCGCCAUGGCCCCAGCUCUGCUCCUGAUCCCUGCUGCCCUCGCCUCUUUUAUCCUGGCCUUUGGCACCGGAGUGGAGUUCGUGCGCUUUACCUCUCUUCGGCCACUUCUUGGAGGGAUCCCGGAGCCUGGUGGUCCGGAUGCCCGCCAGGGAUGGCUGGCUGCCCUGCAGGACCGCAGUAUCCUUGUCCCCCUGGCUUGGGAUCUGGGUCUCCUCCUACUUUUUGUGGGGCAGCACAGCCUCAUGGCAACUGAGACAGUGAAGGCGUGGAUGUCUCGAUAUUUCGGGGUCCUUCAGAGGUCACUGUAUGUCGCAUGCACUGCCCUGGCCUUGCAGGUGUACUACCAUGUGCUGGGGCUUGGUGAGCCUCUGGCCCUGAAGUCUCCCCGGGCUCUAAGACUCUUCUCCCAUUUGCGCCACCCAGUGUGUGUGGAACUGCUGACGGUGCUGUGGGUCGUACCCACCCUGGGCACUGACCGCCUCCUCCUUGCUCUCCUCCUUACCCUCUAUCUGGGCCUGGCUCAUGGACUUGACCAGCAAGACCUCCGCUACCUCCGGGCCCAGUUACAAAGAAAACUCCACCUGCUCUCCCGGCCCCAGGAAGGUGAGGCCAAGUGAGGAGCUAACCUGGUUCCAAGCCCGGCAUUUUCUCUCCUUUAACAUCCAGGCCCUGGCUGCUUCAGACCAGAAGCCGAAAUUCAUGGACUGAAGGGGCUGUCCCUUCCCCUGUUUGAGCUUCCACUCCUUGGGCCCAGCACCAUAACCUAAAUUCUGAGUUUCAACCACUGGACUCCAAGAUCUAACUUCUCACCAGCCUGGAAGAGGGGAUAGGGAACUUACCUGUCUCCUCAGUUCAGGGCUUGACACCCCCCUCCCAACAUACACACCUUAAGAACCUCCUCAUAAGGAAGAAGGGAGGACCUGACCACUUCCCUCCCACUGUUACUCCCUUCUGCACCUCAGGGAUCCCCCUUCUCCUCCUCUGGCUUCCCCUUCUAGGAGUGGGACCAGGGUCUGCAGGUUUGAUAAUGCCUGCCCUCCAGGCUCCGAGUGCCAGCCCCCUGACUAGCCUUGCCUGCUCCUUAGGCGCUGGCCCUAGGCUCUGUCCUCUAACCUAGUUGAAAGGAUCCUCUCGCUUUUCAUUUUGGGUGACUAAGAGCUCUCUGCUCUCCCGAGGAACACGCGCAGCAGAAAAAUAAAAUUCAGCCUGUUUUUUCUACA